CAGGGUCAGGUUUGUCCUGGCAGAUAACGGGGGAGGAUCUUAACCUCUCAAGUCCUCCAGCUGCUUAUGAGCUGCCAGGAGGUAAUAAUGUUCCAUCCUUUACCCCUGUGUCCUGCCAUCCAGAGGAGCAGGAAGCAUUUCACACACAUUGAUCAGGUUGCGCAGUCCCCAAGUAGUGAGCUGCUGUCCCCAGUUUGCAGAGAGGGGAAACUGAGGCCCAGCGGGGGAAGUGACUCAGCCAGGGUCACAGCCCCCGGAGCUGGAGGUGCGAACAGAACCCAGGAGUCCUGGCUCCCAGCCCAGUGCUUGACCCGGCCCAUCCUGCUUCUCACUCAGCUGCCCGGUGGGAUGGGGGCUCGGCGCUGUACUCGUGGGUCCCCCAGCUGGCUCCGCCCCAUCAGACUCAGGGUCACAAGCACUAGGUGACCCAUCCCCGCGGUAUCCGGGCGCUGAGUAAGGAGGCCGCAGAAGAGCCCGGAGCUUCGCUGGCUGGUGAAUCACCGCCGGGAGCUUCCGGGCCGGGCUGCCUGAGACACUCCCCCUGCCCCGGGAAGAGGAAGGGAGAGAGACGGACCCUACCCCCGCCCCGCCGCGGUACGGACCGGGCCCCCAGCACCCCCCGCGGGAUGGAUCUGGACGGGCUGCUGCUGGACGAGGAGGGGACCUUCUCCCUGAGCGGCUUCCAGGAGUUCACGUUUCUGCCAGGGCACCAGCAGCUGAGCGAGAGGGUGCGGAAGCGCUUGUAUUAUGGCUGGGACAAAGACUGUAGCCUGGACAAUCUCUCCAGCCCGGUGGCCGACAUCGCCGUCGAGUUGCUCCAGAAAGCAGCUCCCAGCCCCAUCCGCAGGCUGCAGAAGAAAUACGUUUGCCAUGUGUCUCGGGAAGCCUGCAUCUCGCCCUGCUCCAUGAUGCUGGCUCUGGUUUACAUCGAGAGACUCCGGCACCGGAACCCCGAGUACCUGCAGCAGAUCUCCUCCUCGGACCUCUUCCUGAUCUCCAUGAUGGUUGCCAGCAAGUACCUGUAUGACGAAGGGGAGGAGGAGGAGGUGUUCAACGAUGAAUGGGGCGCAGCCGGCAAGGUGGGGGUGCAGACCGUUAACACGCUGGAGAUGAACUUCCUGAGCGCCAUUGACUGGACCCUCUACACUGACCCCAAGGAGCUGUUUGAAGUGCUGAGCUGGCUGGAAGGAUGUGUGGCAAGGAGACAGGGCACUCAGCGUGGCUGGUUCACCUACACGGACCUGUGCGUCCUGCUGGAGCAGUCCCUCUGGCAGCAUGCCCUGGGCCAGUUCUACCAGCAGGUGGCAAAGCUGGCCUGCUUGCUGGGCGUGAUGUACCUGACGGGCAUUGCUGCAGUUUUCGCCUCUGUCACUGUGGUGCACCAGGUCGUGGGUGUGAGGAGUGCCGGCCCCGCUGCCCUCCGGCCUCUGCUGUUCCCCAUGGAUGGUGGGCGCCCGCUGGGCUCUGGGGCACCCCUCGCCCCCUGUGUCACUCAGCUGCCAGAUCCUGGGCUGGGGCUGCCUGGCCCCCUUUCCCCCUCUGGCUCCGAUAGCAGCUCCUGUUGUCCGGUGGAGAACGAGACGGAGGAGGAGCAGUGCUGCCCUGGUGGUGGGGUGACGGCCACGGCACUGUACCUGUGGGGCAGCGUGCUGACGGCACUGUCCUACACGGAGGCCCCAGGCUCUGCCAUGCAGACUAGUCCCCAGCAAGUGCCCCCUCUCUGCCCAAACUGCCUGAAACUCCGCAGAGGGCGCAGCACCUGUGAGAGAUCCAACCGCACGAGCCCCAGCCGCCCCUUCACCCCGCCUGCCCCCUUUGGACUCGGCCUGGGCCCCGCUCGCCCGGCGCUCUGCUGCAGUGGCUGCUCGCCCGGCCCCAGCUGGGGCUGGCAUCCGUCCGCAGCCCUCAGCCCCCAGGACUGGCCCGACCCUCUGGCACUGAAGCAGUGCUCCUUGGAGGCAGCCAUGGAUCUGGGCAGAAUCAAGACCUUCAUCUUCCCCAGCUAGGGCUGGCCUGGGAGGGCCAGGCCCCCGCGUUAGUUCCAAGCCAGCGUUUGUACCCCGUGGGUCGGGCUUCUCUUCACCAGACCCUUCAGGCUUUACUGGGUGGGGGCAGGGUGGUGGGGCUGCCUGGGGCUGGCACGUGGGCUUGGCGGCUGUGGGGUGCAGCGACACUGCUGGGGGAUUAGGGUGCCCCCAAGCAGGGGUGCCAGUCUGGGGAGGGCACUGUUCACCCGCACCCAUUGCUGCCUCCCAGUGAAGCUGGGAUCUCAGCCCCCUGCUGCAUUGGGCAGCAUGGAGGGUGGGGGGAGUGAGGGGGCACAUGAGGUUCUGGGUCCGUGGGCUGCACAAUGGAGGGUCGGGGGGGGAGGGGCAGGGGCACGCUCUGACAGGGCUGUAAGAUCCAGAGGGGAGUUAGGGGCCCUGAUGGCCUGGAGUGGAUCUGCUGGGCGUGGGGAGAAGGGGCUGGUUCUGCUGCCCAGCCUCACCUGCUGUGCCAGCUCUCGCCCCGCCCAGCACCAGCUCUUUUUACGCUGGAUUUUAAAUCCGUUUUUCACUCUUUUGUAGCUGAAAAUCUCUUCCAAUAAAGGUAGCUCUGGCCGUGCGCCCGUCUCGGCCUUUCUCCUACUGCCUCUCGCCCCAGCGGGUCCCAGGCCAGGGGCGCUUCCCCCACCACUGAAAUGCAGCCACCUCUGGGCCGGGGCACGGCGGCUGGUUCAGCCCCCAGCAAUGCAGGACGGUGCGUAAGGAGGAGCCUGCUGAAGGGGGAGGGGAGGGGAGGAAUUGCCCCAGCUGGCCUGGGCCUGGGCCCGGGCCCAACAUCUCUGCCAUGCGGCAAGGCAGCAACUCUCCUCCGCUUCCUGCCUUGCCACCCGAGAGGCUGCCUGAGACCUGGAACGUGAUUGCUCCUUGUCUCCGUGGCCCAGCCCCCAUUCUAGGUGUGUUCUCUGCCCAGCUGCCUGCAGCAGAAACACCCCCCCCCCCAUGCUUCACCCCUGCCCCGGCUUCCCCAGGGGAGAGCAGGAGAAAACAGACGAGGCACGUUGCCUAGUGCCCUGUGGAGGGGCUGCUCCCACCGUGGCACAGCCUGCCCCCCUCCAGGUCUGGGUCAGCAGGGCAGAGCGAGCUGAGCCCCACCCCAGGGUGUCUGAGCCCCUGUUCUGUGUCUCUCGUGCAGGGCGGUGAAUAUUGUUGCUUAA